GAUCAGCCUGUAGGGUCUCUCCCAAUUUCGAUCCUUUCUCUCGAUUUCUCCGUAAAUGUUCUCUCAAUUGGAAGUCUAUAGCAGCUAGCAAAGAGAGGGCGGUUCGUAGCUAGAAAUGGUGGUUUCGUCGACCGCCAGUUCCUUCUCCAAAGAGAUGAGCAUCCGAAGGAAGAUCUCCAGCAUAUUUAAUAAAAGGGAGGAGGACUUCCCUUCCUUGAGAGAAUACAAUGAUUAUUUGGAAGAAGUUGAAGAUAUGACCUUUAACUUGAUUGAAGGAAUAGAUGUUGCUGCAAUUGAAGCUAAAAUUGAGAAAUAUAGAAAAGAGAAUGCUGAACAGAUAGCUAAUGCCGAAGCUCGUAAGGCUGAAGAACUAGCAGCUGCUUUGAAAGCAAGCAAAGGGCCAUUACACACUGAAUCAACUGAUACAGGCGCUGCUCAAACUUCUCAAGGGGCUACUGGUGGUGUCACUGUGCAAGGUCAGUACGCUCCUAGUGUUGUACCAGGGAGUGUACUUGCGGCAGCCAGGCCGACCCCACCUCUCGCACAAUUGGGAGGCCCUGAUGACGAGGAGGGUAUCGAAGCUGAGAGCAGGAUGAGAGCGGCGAGAGCUGGUGGUUGGACAUGCCAGAUUUGUAAGAAGAGGGCGCUUGAAGAAGCUUUCAGUAGCAUAUGGUUAUAAGUGCGAUAUAUAAGGAUUGUAAGACUUAGGGUCAGAUAGAGUAUGUAU